CUGGGUGCGGUGGCUCAUGCCUGUAAUCCCAGCACUUUAGGAGGCUGAGGCAAGCGGAUCACCUGAGGUCAGGGGUUCGAGACAAGCCUGACCAAGAUGGAGAAACCCCGUCUCUACCAAAAAUACAAAAUUAGCCGGGUGUGGUGGCGCAUGCCUGUAAUCCCAGCUACUCGGGAAGCGGAGGACAAUUGCUUGAACCCAGAAGGCAGAGGUUGUGGUGAGCCGAGAUCUCGCCAUUGCACUCCAGCCUGGACAACAAGAGCGAAACUGCAUCUCAAAACAAUAAUAAGUUUACAACCUCUGAAUAUGUACCAAAUGGAGCCAGGGGUGGGGAGUAUUAGGACAAGCCCCGCACUGCAGAGCCCCCCAGCUCUCACUCGUGGACCGAGUGCAUGGGACACAGCCAUUCGGAAAGCUCUUUCUUUUGGAGUGGGACUGGGUGUUCUGGUUUUGGUUUGCUUGUUUUAUCAUUUUGUGAUGUUGGCGCCUAUUCUUCAGUUUGCAUCCUUGCCUUGCUUGCUUGAAGCUGGAGCACAAAUGUCCCGUCACCCUGUAACAACACAAGCAUGCGUCAUGCCUGCGAGGCUUAGCUUGGGAAGUGGAAUCUCCAGGAAUCUCCUUCUGUGGUCUGUCUGCCACGUUUCGCUGUUGCUCUCAUUUCAGUCACUGAGGCCCUGUCCCUUAUCCUCCAGGGACAUGGUGCUGUCCUAUGAGCUGUGGCUCCUUUGUGACUUUUACAUUGCUCUUCCAGAUAGCAGUGGCAGUGGCAUUUGCAAAAAGGCUAUUUGAGAACAAAUAAGAAUAAAAUCAUCAAAGCGAAGAUGAUAGUAAAACAGCCCUCAUUUUUCAAAGUCCAUUCUUUUUUCUGGU